CCUAAAAUAUAAUAUUCCUUGAAGGUCCAGGUGUUUUUUCAAUAUAUUUAUACAAAGGAAAGUAAACAGCGCUGAUUUUUUUCUUCAAUGAUGGAGGGGAGUGAUGUACUAAAAGGUUUGAAACAGUUUUCAUCAACCAGAGGCCUAUAAUGACUCACUGAUUUAUUGCAAGGGGACAGCUACACAAUUUAUAAAGAUUUGCAACACACGUGCACGUAAAGCUCAUUGAACCUGUCUCGGGGCGUUCACCUACCGUUGCCGUCGUGGUUCGUUUAGGUUCCCAAUUGUUUUGAAGGGUCACAUUCUUGUCAUCUUUACCUGCAGACACAGUAUGGUUACACAAGCUAAACCGGCUGACUCGUUCACAAAUUCUCCAUUGGAAAAAGUGGAGUCUGAAAGAUCAUCGCCGUCAUCCGAAUGGAAAAUUUUUGCCUCAAACACAACUCUUCACGGACUGAGAUACGCUGUACAAAACGAGCUUUCCAUUCCCAGGCGAGCAAUAUGGCUGAUAUUCCUUUGCGCUGCUGCCAGUGCCUACACGUACAACGCAACCGUAAGCUUCGAAAAAUUCAUGUCAAGACCAACAAAAACAGUAAUUACACAAGAAACGCCAACAGAUGGUUUGAAGUUCCCAGCUGUGACAAUCUGCAAUUUAAACAAGUUUAUGAAAUCUAAGAUAGAUGUGCCAGACGAGGAUGAAAACUUUGUAAAAAUGGGAUUGAACAUAACUGGGUGCAGUGAAAUACGCGAAGUUCGUGGAAAUCUCACUUGUGGCCAAGCAUUACUGUGUGUCUGUGGUGAUUAUGGUUAUGCCUUAGUAGAUGGCUGCGACAAGACAACUCGCCAAAACAUACUCAACAUUCUUAAUGACUCAUCGAAGCGUUUGUUUGACGAAGAAAAAUUUCUUGCAAACUAUGGACAUGACAUCGCUGGCAUGUUUCUUCUAUACUGUCGCUUCUCCAUUGAUCAAACGUGCUCGGAAAAAGACUUUGUUCCGAGCCUUACAAGAAGAGGCAUAUGCUACACAUUCAACUUGGGUUAUGAUAACUCCACCAUGUUCCACGCUGAAUUUGAAAGUCCCGAACUGGGCCUCAGUGUCGUUCUUAAUGUUCAAAGCAAUGAGAGCACCCUUGGUAUGUAUUCAACCGGAUUGAACGUGAUUGUGCACGAUCAGAAAACGUUUAUCAACCGGUAUAAUGGAUUUAAUAUCCUUCCUGGGGCUCAUUCCUUGGUGGCGGUCAAGUUAAUAAAGGUACGUUGUUGCCAGUAUCAGCACAUUUGACAGUUUAUUAAGAACCUGAAGAAGUGGAGGGGAGAGGGGUGGGGGUUGAAGUACCGUAAUGAUAAAGGCUCUCCUAGAUGCGCCGAAAGAUGUGACGCUUUUAGUUUGGUAUUGUAGCGUGAAUAAUUUAGGUAGUUUUUGAAGAAAUUCCCUCCUUCAAAUACUAAGAACCAGCCAGUUUACCGUCAAAGCUAGUCUUUAUGUAAUUCUAGGGCUGCCCCUAAGAUGCUCCAAAGUUUUAAAAAAGGUGCCCAAAUUUUCUCAAAAAGUUGCUUCAAAGUUUCCCCCAAAAUGAAAAAAAGAAUUGCUCCAAACCCGUCACGUUGCUUUUCAUAUUUUCUACAAAAGGUUAUUAUUUACCCCACCAAAGAACCUGUUUAACUGUUCCUUGACCCCUGAGCAUUUAAUAACCUGAUAAAACGAGUUGCAACCUUUUUAGUAUUUCCGGUCACAUACUCAAGCAUGAGGAGUGGUACUCCGCCAUUUUGAAUUUAUCAACCGACCGCUGACCACUUGAAU